CGCAUCGGCAUCAUCGCAUCCGGCGCAUCAACGCAUUGCACUAUCGCUGGCCCGUGGUGUCUGCGUGCAAUAGUCCAUCUGCCAUCGACGUCAAUGCUGAGAGCGCUCGCCCGUCCAUUCUGCUGCCCAAGCAAUCGCAGGCUUGCGUUGCCGACAUGCCUCGCUCGUCCCCAGCCCGUGCGGCUGUAUCGUGCUUCCGCACCACUGCUGCUCCCGCGCAUCCGCCCGUCAACCAAGAGAUCCGAUCGACCGGCCGAUCUUGAGGAUGAAGAGAACGCUUCCAAUCGAGACACCCAAGGUCCAAGUGGUUCGUCGAAACAGGAGGAGAUCGCCGAGGAAAUCUUGGACGACUAUCUGCCUCUGAAGCGCAGGCAGAAGCUCAAAGACAAACCCACUGCCGUGCCUGGAUGGGGCAAAGUCAUGACUCCCGAAGAGUUCAGCGACGUCGACGAGGCAGCCAGAGUGCCGCCGCAAAGCCCUUGGUUUGACGAAAAGGACACACUCUCAUGGACCCCACCCGCCGAGGCUGUUCCCGAAAAGAAGCGGCCGCAGUCAGCCCCGAAAAACAAGAAGAAAUCCAUGGGCUCCAUGACGGACGAAAUGAUCGAGCUCGAAGCCCAAAGCCUGUACGGCACGUCCUCGCACACGCAAAAGACCAAAAGCAAAAAGAAAAAGAACAGUGUCCAAAGCCUCUACGACACCGACUCGUUCGCUGACCUGCAGUACACCGGUCCCGAGGACACGGACGCCAUCUCCCGUUCCGAUAGCGCAAAGGCGAGCGACCCCGCCGGCACAGACGCAGGCGGCGAUGACUGGUACUUGCAGAAAUCGUUCAACAUGCCCAAGGGGACCCAGGGCAAGCAAGCCAAGUUCGUACCGCGAUGGAUCAAAUCUGCGGAAAUCGCCAAGGAGCGUGAGAUCCUGGACGAGCACCCCGACGUGGCCGAUGAUGAGACUCAAGUCAAGAAGGGCAAGGCCACACUGAGAGAGAUUGUUGACGUCGUCCGCGAGGAGCGCGGACAUAACAUUGUCGCGAUCGAUAUGCGAGAAAAGUGCGAGUUUGCCGAAUUCAUGGUCAUCGCGGAGGGCCGAUCCAAGAAGCACAUUUAUAGCAUCGCAGACGCUAUCCGACGCACGGUCAAGCACCGGCUAUCCAAGGACCCCUACGGCCACGACCAGGUGGCGGUCGAAGGCCAAGAAACAGACGACUGGAUGGUGCUCGAUGCAGGCCACUUCAUCGUCCACUGCUUCACACCCGAGGCCCGCGCACACUACAAUCUCGAAGGUCUGUGGACGGCCGUGCGCGAUCCGAUGGCGGCACUGCAUCGCGAUCUGUCGCCGCUGGACGAGGACGACACCGAGGGCGAAGCCCAGCGAGCGCUCGAGCUGGAGCUGGCCGGCCAAGCGUGGGAGGGCCGAAACGAAAACAAGAUCCGAAUCAAGCAGCUCGAGGAGCGUGAUUUCAUGGACGAGGACGAACUCAUCGAGCGCAUGAACACCCGGCGCUAGCGGACCCACGGCAGAAUAUGCCCGGCGACCUGCAGUUUAGAUGCGCCGAGGGCCAAGAAUGCCAAGAGACACAAUGGAGCACCGUCCACACGCAGUGUCUUCCCACAUCACAAUGUCGGAUGUGGUUGAUGGG